AUGGGUGAAGAUGGAUGCUGUUUUAACAAAAACCAACUUAACUACUUCCGUGUCUGUCAUCUGGCUACUAAUGUGCUGCCUUGUGAACUGCGUGGCAUCUUCGUUCAACGGUGGAAUUUACUGUAUUCCAAAGAACAUGGUCUAUGGUGUAACACCCUUAAAAACGGCCAAGACUUUGUUUCAAUGGAGUCUGACUCAAACAAAAGGCGGAAUAAAGAACUGUUAAAUGCUAUGCAAAAUGGAGACGUUGAGCAAUGGGAUUGUACAAUGCUGUUUUACGGCCUACUUUACUCCUCGUCGAUCGGUGGGAUUUUAGGGUCUGAAAUUCGUGGUCAUGUGAACUGUUUAAGGGAAUUUAGAAAUCAGUCAUUUGCUCAUGUCAACAAAGGAGAAAUGACUUCUUCAGAUUUUCAGAUCAUCUUAAAUAAAUUACUCCAAGCUCUUCUGGGACUGCGUCGUGAUACUUCUCCCGUGAAGCUAGUUCAAAAUUUAAAUUCCUUUACUACAGACGAAGUUUAUGAAUUGAAAGAGAAAUUAGAAUCUGAAAAGAUAGCGCAGUCUGAGUUGGAUAAAAGGAUUUGUGAUCUCGAAGACAGGGUGUUAAAUCUUGAGAACAAAACUUGUCCUAGUGACAGUGAUGAAGAGUACGAAUAUUCCAAUAUAGUUGACUUGUCAUUGAACAAAGACAAAUCUGUUCCUCCAUUUGUGAUCUUGCCUGACAAAUUAAAUCACCCUGUAAUUCGACGGCACGAAGUUGAUGAGGUAAUCCAGACAUUAAAUGAUCUUAGAGUUAUGCACGAUGAUAAAAUCACUUCGGUUUUUAUAAUUGGGGAACCUUUGUCAGGGAAGACGGAAUGUGGCAGGAAGAUUGGUGAAGCUGUUUCCAAACACAAUUCAAUUGUUGCAGUAAUUAAGUGUGAUACCUAUCAAAAUUUUACCUCUUCGUUAAAGCAACUCGCUAAAAGACUUGGAUACAGUCAGAUAAACUUCCCUUCUCUUCACAAGACGUCCGUUGCAUCCCAAAUUGAAAUACUUUCGUUGUUCGUAAAGGAAAAAAUAUCUGGGGAGUCGUCAUGGGUAAUAAUUUUGGACGAAGUGUUGGAGGAAACCAAAGAAUUGUUAACUUAUCUUCCUCAGCCUGGAGAUCUAG